GGAGGUGAGGGGAGGCAGGAGGCGGCGGCGGCGCGGCCUGCGUGGCUCUUGUGCCGGCUGCGGGGCGCCCGGCUACCAUGGAGAAUAAUGAAAGUAAUGCUAAGGAUGCGAAGACUGCCUCGGAUGAAGAUGACAGCAGAGACAUAGUUCAACAGAAAACUCAGGAGGAAAUUCUCUUUCACGAGGAAACCAUUGAUCUUGGUGGAGAUGAGUUUGAGUCUGAAGGGAAUGAAACUGUAUCGGAAGAUUCAAACAAUUUCGUAGAUAAACUUAACGAACAGAUGAUGGAGAGUGUCAUUAUUUCAGAUUCUCCAAACAACAGUGAAGAUGACACAGGUGAACUUGGUUGUCUCCAGGAAAUUGUAGAACAGAUGGAAGCUAAAGAUAAUCAGAAAACACAGGCAGAAGUGGAUAAAGAAGAGUUUUUAAGUAAUGAGAGUGAAACCGAACAUGAAGAAACACCCAAAGACAUUUCUGAGAUUGGAACAGAUGAUCAGGCAUCUUUAAAGGAAGAAUCAAUUCAGGAAGCUGUGAAGGAAGAACCAAAGUUGGGAAACAAUGUUCCUGUUGAAACAAAACCAAAUAAUAUUGAUGAAAGCAAACCUGAGGACCAGAUAUCAUCACCCAAUACCAGGAAACCAUCUUCUGAGGCUGAGCCUAUUCCUGUGUGUACCAUCUUCAGCCAAGCAAACAACGUUAAUACCCAGCCACAGUUGUUCCUACCUGACGGUUUUGAGCCUCAGAUGGUAAAAUCUCCCAGUUUUAGUAGUAUAAUUGAGACUCCAGUGAAGUCUAACCCACAGGUGGUUCAACCAAGUCCUAGUCUAAGCAAGUUCUUUGGCGAUACCGUUAACACUAAUACUUUAGCUUCUGAUUUUUUUGAUUCAUUUACCACAUCCAGUUUUAUUUCUGUUAGUAAUCCCAAUGCAAGCUCUUCAGUUCCAGAACAAAUGUCCUCUCUUUCUAAUGGUGGAGACAGUUCUUGUGCUUCAUCUAACCCUACUUUCUCUGUGCAAAAUGGGAGACCUGAAGCAGGUGGUCCUCCAUCAUCUCUAGAAAUAAUUCAAUCCCCCAAGCCGUUCUCACAAAUCCAAGCUGUUUUUGCUGGGAGUGAUGACCCGUUUGCCACAGCCUUAAAUAUGAGUGAACUAGAUAGAAGAAAUGAUGCUUGGCUUCCUAGUGAAGAAACCAGAAGUGUUCUAAUUUCAGUGGCCACACAACAAUACAGCACUGUGUUCAUAGAUAAAGAGAAUCUCACCAUGCCUGGAUUAAAAUUUGAUAACAUCCAGGGAGAUGCUGUAAAAGACUUAAUGCUUCGCUUCUUGGGGGAACAAGCUGCAGUGAAGAGACAAGUUUUAAACGCCAGCUCUGUAGAACAGUCAUUUGUAGGCUUGAAACAGCUAAUUAGCAGUAAAAACUGGAGGGCAGCAGUUGACUUGUGUGGGCGGCUUCUAACUGCACAUGGUCAAGGCUAUAAAAAAAGUGGACUACCUACUAACCAUACAACAGAUUCUUUGCAGCUGUGGUUUGUGAGACUAGCACUGCUGGUAGAACUGAAUCUAUUCCAAAAUGCAGAAAUGGAAUUUGAACCAUUUGGAAAUUUAGACCAGCCUGAUCUUUAUUACGAAUAUUACCCUCAUGUAUACCCUGGACGAAAAGGUUCCAUGGUUCCUUUCUCCAUGCGGAUUUUACAUGCUGAACUUCCUCAGUACCUAGGUAAUCCUCAGGAAUCACUUGACAGACUGCAUAGUAUGAAGAUAAUCUGCACCAAGAUAUUAGAAAAUUUGGAACAAGGCUUAGCUGAAGAUGGAAGUAUGACUAGCAUUACACAGGAGAACAGACAAGCCUCUGUUCAGCUGUGGAGGUCACGUCUGGGCCGGGUGAUGUACUCCAUGGCAAACUGUCUGCUAAUGAUGAAGGACUACGUGCUUGCUGUAGAUGCUUAUCACACUGUCAUCAAAUAUUACCCACAGCAAGAGCCUCAGCUGUUGAGUGGAAUUGGAAGGAUUUUCCUUCAGAUUGGAGACAUAAAAACUGCAGAAAAAUAUUUUCAAGACGUUGAGAAAGUGACUCACAAAUUGGAUGGACUACAGAGCCAAAUUAUGGUUUUAAUGAACAGAGCAUUUCUCCACCUUGGUCAGAAUAAUUUUGCAGAAGCUCAUCGAUUUUUCACAGAAAUUUUAAGGAUCGACUCAUCAAAUGCUGUGGCUAAUAACAAUGCUGCUGUUUGUCUUCUUUAUCUGGGAAAACUGAAGGAUUCCCUCCGGCAAUUGGAAGGAAUGGUUCAGCAGGACCCUAAACACUACCUGCAUGAGAGUGUUCUCUUCAACUUGACAACUAUGUAUGAACUGGAGUCAUCUCGCAGUAUGCAGAAGAAGCAGGCACUUUUAGAGGCUGUAGCUAUCAAAGAGGGUGAUAGCUUUAAUACUCAGUGUCUCAAGUUAGGAUAGAUCAUUUCCAGCUAAUUUUUUUCCAGCAAGGCUGAUUUUUUUAAAUUGUAUAUACUCUUGCUAAUGUGUAAAUGUGAAAUAAAAUCUAUUCCAUUAUGAAUAUUCAGUGGCAUUACUACAGAAUCUAUUGUCUCUAGCAGUCCUAUCAUUGUGAAGACUUUGUGCUGACCUAGAGCCAGCUUCAUCUUGACAAGUCUAUUACUGUUUAGUUAUUCCUCAUUACAGUGUACUAUAUAUAUAUACACAGUCAACUACUCAGAAUUUUUAUAAGAAAAACUGAAUUUGACCUUAUAUUGUCUUGAUGAUUGUUACAGCUUUUCAGUAAUUAGUGAGCAAAUCACAUCAGCCAAUUUCAUCAGCUAAGAGUUAUUGACAGAAUAUCAGUAUGUGUAUUAUAGAAAUGAAAUUCUGAAUGCACUUCA